AUGCUCUCACUCUCAUCAACCGACCUUAUCCUUCUCUCACUGAUAGGGGCACUCACCCUGUACUGGCUAUACGCUCGGCUGUUUUCAAACUCAUCAAGCUCAACCAGUACCCUCUCAAAACCAAACCAGCAACAAAUCCCUGGUUUCAACAAUCCAAAUGGCCUUCGAUCAGAAUCAAACCCAGACUUACUUGCUGCCGGCAGAGACUUUGUCAAGAAAAUGGAAGUACAGAAAAAGAAAGUGGUCGUUUUCUAUGGCUCGCAAACCGGUACAGCCGAGGAUUAUGCGACCCGGAUCGCAAAAGAGGCCAAGUCCAAAUUUGGAAUCUCCAGUUUAGUCGCUGAUCCCGAAGACUACGACUUCGACUUUCUAGAAAAGCUCAGACCAGACCAACUCGCAAUAUUCGUCUUGGCGACUUAUGGCGAAGGAGAACCAACAGAUAAUGCAGUCAACAUGUUGGAUCAACUGAAAGAACAACAGGCAGAAGGAAACCAAUUAAAUGAUUUGAAUUAUGUGGUCUUCGCGCUUGGAAACCGAACUUAUGAACAAUUCUGUCAAAUGGGCAUAGUCGUCGAUGAGUUAUUAACUAAACGAGGAGCAAAGAGAAUUGGAGAACUGGGGAUGGGCGAUGAUGAUAAAUCCAUGGAAGAAGAUUAUUUGGCGUGGAAAGAUCCAAUGUGGGAGGAAGUCCAGAAAGUCAUGGGAUGGGAAGAAGGCGCAGGCGGAGACGAACCCGACUUUUUGGUGAAAGAAGUCGAAGUCAACCCAGGCAAGGAAGGAUCAACAGAUGAGAGUCAAAUUUAUCGGGGUGAACUGAGUGGAAGGGCUCUGAUGGGUACUCGGGGUAUCUUUGACGCCAAGAACCCUUGUCCGGCUAGAGUGACCAACGCACGAGAAUUAUUCGCGGCCGGUGAUCGGAACUGUGUACACAUGGAGUUUGAAAUCCAAGGCACUGGAAUUAGAUACCAAACUGGUGAUCAUCUUGCUGUAUGGCCCGUAAACCCAGAUUCUGAAGUCGCCAGAUUGAUGAAGUUGCUUGGCCUCUGGGAGAAGCGCGCAACAGCAGUAGAAAUCUCCUCGCUAGACCCCAUGUUGGCCAAAGUUCCGUUUCCAACACCAGCAUCGUAUGAAGCCAUCUUCCGACACUAUCUUGAUAUUUCAUGCAUCGCCUCUCGUCAGCUGCUUUCAGGCCUAGCCAAGUUUGCGCCUACAGAAUCAGCUAGUGCGGCUUUGAAAACCAUCGGCUCAGACAAAGAGCAUUAUCAACGUGUUGUAGCCGGGCCCGGCCUGAGAUUGGGAGAGUGUUUGAUGACUGUCCUGGAAGGUGGAUCUGAGAAAUUGGCGGUCGAAGACCCACUAUCCGACAGCUUUGGUCAAGGGUGGUCUCAGACUUACCAGAUUCCAUUUGACCAGAUCGUCAGUGGUCUUCCCCGUCUCCAACCAAGGUUCUACUCAAUCUCCUCCAGUCCAAAGAUGUACCCCGAUCAAAUCCAUAUCACUGCUGUCGUGCUAAAAUACCCUUCAGGAAGUCGAAUGAUUUAUGGAUGCGGGACAAAUUAUAUUUUGAAUGCCAAGAUGUUUUUACACGGCGAGAAGGAGCGGAUGGAACAUCAACCGAUUGACCAGCGGUCGAGCGGAGCACCUCAUUAUACUUUAUCUGGCCCCCGAGGCAAAUACCUGGAGGGAGGUAAGACGCUGAAGAUCCCGAUCCAUGUUCGACGGUCGAACUUCAGACUACCUACGUCGCCGAAGAUUCCAGUGAUCAUGAUCGGCCCGGGCACGGGAGUGGCACCUUUCAGGGCUUUCGUACAAGAGCGACUCAUGCUGGUCAGGAAAGCGAAGGCUAAAGCCAAAGAAGCUAAUGGCUCCCAAGGCGAGGCUGAUGCUCUCAACGAUUGGGCCGACAUGAUGUUGUUCUAUGGUUGCAGGAAUGAAGAGCAAGACUUCUUGUAUAAGAACGAGUGGCCAGAAUAUGCAGCAGAAUUCAACGGAAAGUUCAAGAUGUUUACAGCGAUCUCGAGGAGACCAGAACUAGGAGGAAAGAAAGAAUAUGUUCAGGACUUGAUCAAACUACAGAGUGAAACUAUCUACAAGAUGAUCAUCGAACAGAAAGGAUAUAUUUUCAUCUGCGGAGACGGGAAGAACAUGGUCAAAUGUGUCGAAGAGACUCUGAAAACAAUCUUCGAAUCUACUGGUGUCAAGAAUGGAGCGGCUGAGUUGAAGUUCUUGAAGGAUCGAAAUCGACUGCUUUUGGAUGUUUGGUCUUGA